AUGAGUAGGGCCCAAUCCUCACCUACGGUCAUCCAAUGGGUGAUCGACACUCAUCCACUUUGGCCCUCCGCUCUCAAGACCAAAGACCUCACAUCCGCUGCUUCACGUGCACUCUCACUUCUCACCGAGGAGGAACAAUCUUCUGUCCUGAGAUACUACCACGUCCGCGAUGCCAAGCUCGCUCUCGCUUCGGCUCUUCUUAAGCGCUACGCAAUCUCUCGCUUCUGUCACGUCCCCUGGUUCCAGGCCAAGACUACGCGAGAUUCUCGUACUAAGCCCGUGUUUGUUUUGCCAAGCGGCGAUGAGCCGCUGAUCUUUAACGUCUCGCAUCAGGCCGGUCUCGCGGUUUUUCUGGCCGUCCGCGAUCCGCCAAAGGGCCUUGCCGUGGGAGUUGAUGUUGUCUGUCCGUCAGAGCGGCGAGAUCGAGAUCUGAGUAGCUUGGAAGAAGAUGGGUGGGCAAGUUUCGUUGACAUUCAUGCCGAUGUCUUUGGAGCGGGAGAAGUCUCAGCGCUUAAGAGCAUGAACCCUGUUCCUACCGUCCAAGGACGAGAUCGUGCAUUGCGCUACUUUUAUGCACUAUGGUGUCUCCGUGAAGCCUAUGUCAAGAUGACUGGGGACGCUCUUCUGGCAAGCUGGUUGAAAGACCUAGAGAUGCACAAGUUUGCCCCGCCAGAAGACAUGAAGGAGGCCCAAGAGGUUCGACUGAGAGGCAAGAAGGUUGAAGGCGUGGACGUGAGACUGAUGCCGCUACUCGAGGAAUAUAUGGUCUCCACAGCUAUAAGAAACGGUGAUAAUGGGGAGAGGGUAGAGCUCGGAGAGUUUCAAAGUCUUGAUAUGGAGGAAAUAUUGGCAUUUGGUGAAAAGGCAUCUAAACCAUGA